AUGGACCGUCUACAGCUCUUGGUCCUGGGGAAAGUUUGGAGGGCGUGCCCCUCGCGCCCCGGGCAUAAAUGCUCGCGCACUCCCCGCCCCGCACAUUUCUGGUCCUCACACAGACUCAGAAAGAAGCCACCAUGGGUGCUGUCUCCCGCCGACAAGACCAACGUCAAGGCCACCUGGGAUAAGAUCGGCGGCCACGCUGGCGAGUAUGGCGGCGAGGCGCUGGAGAGGACCUUCGCGUCCUUCCCCACCACCAAGACCUACUUCCCGCACUUCGACCUGAGCCCCGGCUCCGCCCAGGUCAAGGCCCACGGCAAGAAGGUGGCCGACGCGCUGACCACCGCCGUGGGGCACCUGGACGACCUGCCAGGCGCCCUGUCCGCUCUGAGCGACCUGCACGCGCACAAGCUGCGAGUGGACCCGGUCAACUUCAAGCUCCUGAGCCACUGCCUGCUGGUGACCCUGGCCAGCCACCACCCCGCGGAGUUCACCCCUGCCGUCCACGCCUCCCUGGACAAGUUCUUCAGCGCCGUGAGCACCGUGCUCACCUCCAAAUACCGUUAAGCUGGAGCCGCGCGACCCUCCCGCUCCCGGCCUGGGGCCUCUUGCGCUCCGCGCACCUGAACUUCCCGAUCUUUGAAUAAAGUCUGAGUGGGCUGCAGCCUC